CCGAGCCUGACCCGAUCACAAUGAUCGAGUUGGUUCAAAGCUGAGCCGGGCCAUGGCCAUCUUUUCCGGCCCGGUUAAUUGUAAGAGUCAUUUGGCCCAUUCAUACUGCCUCGUUCCGCCUUUCUCUCGAGUCUCGAGACUUGCACGGAACGGGAAAUCUGUGAUCGGACCGCCCCGAUUACUUGGUUUCCUCGUCCGAUUCUUGGAGAACAAUGGCCAGGAAGUUUUUCGUCGGCGGCAACUGGAAAUGCGUAGGCUCCCGUUUCUGAAGAGCUCUCGAUCGAUGACUUCAUUUGGAUUUGAUUUCUUCGCUGUUCACGGUUGAUGGAGCUUAGCGUCGCUUCUCUUUUUUCGGAUUGUUUCUUCGACAUCUCUGAAUCACCUGGUCUGUGGUUGUUCUACGGUUUCCGAAACGCGAGGACAAAGGGGGUUUUGAAUGGGACAGUUGAACAAGUCAAGAAGAUCGUCACCGUCCUGAACGAAGCUGAAGUCCCGCCUGAGGAGGUUGUGGAUGUUGUUGUGAGCCCUCCUUUUGUUUUCCUUAGUUUGGUGAAAAGCUUGCUGCGAUCUGAUUUUCAAGUUGCUGCACAGAAUUGUUGGGCAAGGAAAGGAGGUGCUUUCACAGGUGAAGUUAGUGCUGAGAUGCUUGUAAAUCUGGGCAUUCCUUGGGUCAUUUUGGGUCACUCUGAAAGGAGGCUAUUGUUGGGUGAAACAAAUGAGUUUGUGGGAGACAAAGUUGCAUAUGCACUCUCUCAAGGAUUAAAGGUGAUUGCCUGUGUUGGUGAGACACUAGAGCAGCGAGAAUCAGGAUCAACUAUGGAUAUUGUUGCUGCACAAACAAAAGCAAUUGCAGGCUGGAUAUCCGAUUGGAGCAAUGUUGUGUUAGCCUAUGAGCCAGUUUGGGCCAUUGGAACUGGCAAAGUUGCAACCCCCACUCAGGCUCAGGAGGUACACACAGCUCUAAGGAAAUUGCUUCAUGAUAAUGUGAGUCCUGAAGUUGCUGCAUCAACUAGGAUUAUAUAUGGAGGUUCUGUAAAUGGAGCCAAUUGCAAAGAACUGGCAGCACAACCUGAUGUUGAUGGGUUUCUUGUUGGUGGAGCUUCCUUGAAGCUGAAGAGUGUUUCUUGAUACAAGUGGCAGUUGGAUUUGUUCGCGUCUAUCAGCAUAGUCGACAUUGCCAAUUUAAUUGAAUAUGCACACUUGGAUGGAAUUGACACGACACAUUUGUUUGUGAAAACAACCUGUUUGAAUGAAUGAAGCAAGCAUAUCGUACUGAAGGCAGUCUGCUGUUAGAGAAACAAUUGAAAUGAAUGGUGUCCUCUGACCAGGAAGGAAUUGCACCACCUUACAAAAACUUGUCCAUUGUUCAUGCUUGCUGUUUCUCGAUUAUGUUCUUAUGGCUAGUUGAUCAUACCUGGCUGUAAAAAAUGAUCAGCCCUUCUAUAACUCUGCUACACUUUGAUUUCCCAAUCUGGUUUCUGACUUCUUUUUCCUUU